AGACGCAGUGGAUCUCAGGGACCCGUGAGCUAGGGAGGAUCCUUUACGAGAUUCACGCGGGCGUGAACGCCCAGUUCCAAAGGGCUCACGAAGGCGUCAACUCUCUCUUAUCUCCUGUCUAUAGAGUUACCCUAAAGCUAUGAUGCAGUCUUGCAAAGCUCGGCCCGCAGUAGCUGCUGAAGGCGAAACGCAGCCCAGCAUCCCAACUAUGCGGCGCCUCACAAUUGAUGACUUUGAAAUCGGGCGUCCUCUGGGCAAGGGGAAAUUUGGGAAUGUGUAUCUGGCACGACUCAAAGAAAGCUGUUUCAUUGUGGCCCUGAAGGUCCUCUUCAAGUCCCAGAUAGAAAAGGAAGGACUGGAGCACCAGCUGCGCAGGGAAAUUGAAAUCCAGGCGCAUCUACAACACCCCAAUAUCUUACGCCUGUACAACUACUUCCAUGAUGCUCGCCGGGUAUACCUGAUUCUGGAAUAUGCUCCAAGGGGUGAGCUCUACAAGGAACUGCAGAAAAGCCACAAAUUAGAUGAACAGCGUACAGCCACGAUAAUGGAGGAGCUGGCAGAUGCUCUGACCUACUGCCAUGACAACAAGGUGAUUCACAGAGAUAUUAAGCCAGAAAAUCUGCUGCUGGGAUUCAGGGGUGAGGUGAAGAUUGCUGACUUUGGCUGGUCUGUCCAUACCCCCUCUCUGAGGAGAAAGACAAUGUGUGGGACUCUUGACUACUUGCCCCCAGAAAUGAUCGAGGGGAGAACAUAUGAUGAGAAAGUGGAUCUGUGGUGCAUUGGGGUGCUCUGCUAUGAGCUGCUGGUGGGAAAUCCGCCCUUUGAGAGCACCUCUCACAAUGAGACCUACAGACGCAUUCUCAAGGUGGAUGUGAAGUUUCCCCUAUCAAUGCCUGUGGGGGCCAGGGACUUGAUCUCCAAGCUUCUUAGAUACCAGCCCUUGGAGCGGCUGCCCCUGGCUCAGAUCCUGGAGCACCCCUGGGUCCAGGCCCACUCCCGGAGGGUGCUGCCUCCUUGUGCUCAGAUGGCUUCCUGAGCUCUGUCUGCCUCUGUUCUUCAGUGUUUGCUCAGAGAGCUCUCUUGGCUCUGCUACCUCAUUUCUUUUUUGCUUUUUCUCUUUUAAGAUGCCAUUUGCUAAUAAAAGCUGAAUCAUUUUGUUCCAGGU